AUGAUAAUUUCAGCUUUGGAGGAUUUUGGGGUUUCAAUAGAAGAUAUGUGGGUGCUUAUCAUGUUUGGUCGUAGAUGUUGCUGUGGGAAUGAGAUAAAGUGUUAUGAAGUAGAACAGAAAUGUGAAGAAAGAGAGCGACAUCCCAUCAAACAAAGGGAAAAACAUGCAUUCUAUCCUGUUGAAAUUGCUGAUGUACCUGCCGACACAAAAGAUAAAGAUGAAAUUCUUGAGAGUGAAUUUUUUGACACGAGACAGGCAUUUUUGAGUCUUUGUCAAGAAAACCAUUAUCAAUUUGACACUUUACGCCGGGCUAAACAUUCCUCAAUGAUGGUCCUUUACCAUCUCCAUAAUCCAACUGCUCUUGCAUUUGUGACAACAUGCAAUAUAUGUCAUCUUGACAUCGAAACUGGUCAAGGCUGGCGUUGUGAGGUUUGCCCAUGUUAUGAUGUAUGCAAUUCUUGUUAUCAGAAGGAUGGGAGUAUGGAUCAUCCUCAUAAGUUGACAAAUCAUCUGUUCCUGGCUGAGCGCAAUGCGCAGAACAAGGAAGCUAGGCAAUCGAGGGUUGUGCAGGAUGGGGGUAUGGAUCAUCCUCAUAAGUUGACAAAUCAUUCGCCCCUGGCUGAGCGCAAUGUGCAUAACAAGGAAGCUAGGCAAUCGAAGGUUGUGCUGGAUGGGGGUAUGGAUCAUCCCUGUAAGUUGACAAAUCAUCCGUCCCUGGCUGAGUGCGAUGCGCAGAACAAGGAAUCUAGGCAAUCGAAGGUUGUGCAGGAAGGGGGUACGGAUCAUCCUCAUAAGUUGACAAAUCAUCUGUCUCUGGCUGAGCGCAAUGCACAGAACAAGGAAGCCAGGCAAUUGAGGGUUGUGCAGCGAAGGAAAAUGCUUGAUCUUGUGGUGCAUGCAUCACAAUGCCGUUCUCCACUUUGCCAAUAUCCUAAUUGUUGCAAGAUGAAAGGUCUUUUCCGGCAUGGGAUACAUUGCAAAACUCGUGCAUCUGGAGGCUGUGUUCUGUGUAAAAAGAUGUGGUAUCUCCUUCAACUUCAUGCUCGUGCAUGCGAAGAAUCAGAAUGCCAUGUUCCACGCUGCAGGGAUUUGAAAGAAUUUUUGUGGAGACUUCAGCAGCAGUCGGAUUCACGACGAAGGGCUGCUGUGAUCAAGAUGAUGAGGCAGAGAGCUGCUGAAAUUGCUGGCAAUUCUGGUUAA